AAAUACUGCAACGGCUCGACGAUUAGUACGGUGCUCUGCUAUAACAUACUAGAAAUGGUGUAUAACUCAUUUUAAAAUAGUAAACCUAGUAGUAUCGGUAGCGAUAGAUAAUUGUCAGACAAAUAAAUGAACUAGAAUCAAACAAAUUUCAAAAGCAUUGCUCGGCAUUCAUUCCAUAUUGCGCGCUCGCGAUGUUAGCACCUAAAAUUGUAGUCUGAAACGCGCUCAAACGUUCAAUUCGUUCUGACUCGAUUGGUUAACUUAAAUUUUAAAAUAAAACAAAGUUAAUUUAAAAUCUUUUAAAAGAAUUUAUGGUAACAUAUUUAAGUACAAAACUCUGAGCUCACGGUAUAUUCAGGAAAUCAAAUCGCAGUAUGUCAACGGAGAUCGAAGAUCAGCUUUAUCGCGAGACGCUUCCAAAUAUUUAUGAGGUGGUGAAGCGGAAAACUAAAAAAUAUUGCACUCCUAAUACGCUUAUGAAUUUUUUCCCAGUAAUAAAAUGGCUGCCAAAUUAUCAACUGGAUUAUGUUUUAAAAGACUGUAUAGCCGGCUUAACAGUAGGAUUGACCUGCAUACCACAGGCCAUAGCGUAUGGCGCAAUAGCUGGUCUUGAGCCACAAUAUGGCCUGUAUUCAGCCUUCAUGGGCUGUUUUAUGUACAUUAUUUUUGGCACAUGCAAGGAUGUUACAGUGGGGCCCACAGCUAUAAUGGCAUUAAUGGUGCAGCAUGUUGCGAAGAGUGCUGAUUAUGUGGUGUUGUUGUGCUUUAUUUCCGGAUGUAUUAUAACUUUAAUGGGAUUACUGAAUCUGGGUAUAUUAGUACAAUUUAUUUCAAUGCCUGUAACAACUGGGUUCAUAACAGCUGCUGCGGUUACCAUAGCUAGUGGUCAAAUAAAUAAUUUAUUUGGCAUCUCGAGUUCAUCAAACGAAUUUUUCACCUCUUGGUACACUUUCUUCGGUAAUAUUACGAAACUUAAACAGAACGACUCCAUACUGGGAGUUUGCACUUUGAUAGUACUGAUAUUGAUGAAACAAAUGCAAACUAGCAAAUGUGUGACUCCCAAGUUUAAAAAGCUCAUUUACUUAAUUUCCUUAUCGCGUAAUGCAUUGGCUGUGAUUGUUGGUAUUAUAUUGUGCUAUUGCUUAAGCCACGACGACGUAUUACCUUUCAGAGUCAACGGCAAAAUCACGAAAGGCAUACCACCUUUUCAAUUGCCUCCUUUUAGUACAACUAAUGAGAACGGGGAAACUGUUUCCUUUACCGAAAUGUUUUCCGAAUUAACAACAUCUAUCGUAACAAUUCCGUUGGUGUCUGUUGUAGAAAGUAUAGCUGUUGCUAAGGCAUUUUCAAAAGGAAAAAUCGUUGACUAUUCACAAGAAAUGAUAGCCCUGGGUCUUGGAAAUAUAAUGGGUAGUUUUGUUUCAUCGAUGCCCAUAACUGGUUCGUUUACACGUACAGCAAUUAAUAACAGUAGCGGAGUAAAAACACAAUUUGGUGGUCUUGUAACUGGUGGUUUGGUACUUCUUGCAUUAUCAUUUCUAACAAACACAUUCUACUACAUACCUAAAGCUACUUUAGCUGCUAUCAUCAUUGCGGCUAUGAUCUUCAUGAUAGAAUAUCACAGAAUUUUAGAAAUUUGGAACUCAAAAAAGUUAGAUGUAUUCCCUUACGUCGUGACAGUAAUCGUUUGCCUAUUCUGGAGCUUGGAAGGAGGUAUAAUUGUGGGAAUAAUUUUUAAUUUAAUAUUUAUAUUAUACAGAACGGCUAGGCCACGAAUAACGACAACAAUAGAAAAGGUUAAUGAUAUAGAAAUAGGCAUUGUUAAGCUAGAAGGAGAAUUUCGCUAUUGUUGCGCAGAAUACCUAAGAAUGAAAAUCAUUAACUUUAAAAAUACUCAAGCGACAAGCGUAAGUUUGAUUAUGUUGCAAGGAGAAGAUAUUAAGUCAAUUGAUUCCACAGUUGCCAUGAACAUACUUUCAUUAAAAGAAGAUUUAAUUUUAUUAAACUGCGAGCUGUUUUGUUGGAACUGGAAUUACAAAUCAGCCGGCGUAUUAUAUCGCCUAAAUCCUAACGCACGAGGCAUGUUUAAAUUUGAUAUAACCCUACAAGAAAUAAUUGAUGAUAUCAAAGGAAAAAAUAGCAGAAAUCACAGUUUGGUAUAAACACAAUAAUUAAUAAGAUAUAUAUUUUUUUGUAUAUGUAUUGCAAAUAAAAAAAUACACAUGUUCGUAAACAGGUAUAACCUUAGU